CCUGUGACACACAAAUCGUAAUUAAAGUCCUCUUAUCUGCAUGGUCUAGCUGGGGGCACACAGGAAAAUGUAGAAUAUAGUGUAUGUAUACUAUAGGUUCACUAAUCCAUUUGAUAGUAUAGUUGUGAUAAAAACUAGGGUGAGAUAUUUGUUGCAAGGGCCAGUUCCAGCAUAUAGGGUGUAUAAUAUUGCUGGGGAUUAUAUGGUUUGUUGGUUGCGUUUCGUAGUAUAUGCUGCCUUGGGAGUCGUACGCACACGCAGAAGUCUGUAAAUGCUGCUUCUUGCUUCAGGUUGUCAUCCUCAGCAGCAAUGUCGUCAAAGCACAAAAAUGCUAAACGAAUCCAAGGAAUUGAUAGCAAUGUCUGGGUUCAAUUUACAGCACUAGCUGCAGACCCUGCUGUUGUAAACCUUGGUCAAGGUUUUCCAGAUAUAUCUCCUCCUUCCUAUGUAAAAGAAGGCCUAGCUCAAGCAGCAGCCAUUGACAGGUUGAAUCAGUAUACUCGGGGCUUUGGUCAUCCACCGCUUGUAGAAGCUUUGUCUCUGGUUUAUGGAAAAGUGUGUGGGCGCAAGAUAAACCCAAACAAUGAAAUCCUUGUGACGGUGGGUGCUUAUGGAUCCCUUUUUAGUGCUUUCCAAGGACUAAUUGAAGAAGGAGAUGAGGUGAUUAUAAUUGAACCAUUUUAUGACUGCUAUGACCCCAUGGUUAAAAUGGCUGGAGCCACGCCAGUUAGCAUCCCACUGAGAUGUAAAUCCAGUGGCAAUGGCGUUAUGUCUAGUGCCGACUGGACCUUGGAUCCAGAUGAGCUGGCUAGUAAAUUUAGUCCCAGGACUAAGGCGAUUAUAUUAAAUACUCCAAAUAACCCUAUGGGCAAGGUAUAUACUAAAGAAGAACUGCAAGUAAUUGCUGAUCUCUGUAUAAAACAUGACACGCUAUGCAUCAGUGAUGAGGUCUAUGAAUGGCUUGUAUACGCUGGAAAUAAGCAUGUGAAAAUAGCUACUCUGCCUGGUAUGUGGGAAAGGACCAUCACAAUUGGCAGUGCAGGGAAGGCGUUUAGUGUAACAGGAUGGAAGCUUGGUUGGUCCAUUGGUCCAGCACAUCUUAUUCGACAUUUGCAGACAGUGCAGCAGAAUUGUGUGUACACCUGUCCGACUCCAUUGCAAGAAGCCUUGGCUCAUGCCCUUUUUAAGGACUUUAAAAGGAUGGAUGAGCCAGAUUGUUAUUUCAACUCACUUCCCCGGGAGCUGGAAGCUAAGAGAGAUCGGAUGGCUAACUUGCUUCAGGAAGCCGGAAUAAAGCCAAUCAUUCCAGAAGGAGGCUAUUUUAUGGUUGCCGAUAUUUCAGUGUUGGAUGUGGAUCUUUCUGAUAUGAAGGAAGAUGAACCUUACGAUUACAAGUUUGUGAAAUGGAUGAUUAAAAUGAAGAAACUGGCAGCCAUUCCAAUAACAGCAUUUUGUGGACCAGAAACUACAAAGCUAUUUGAGAAGUACAUACGGUUUUGUUUUAUUAAGCAAGAUAGCACACUGGAUGCCGCAGAGGUGAUCUUGAAAAACUGGAAGAAGUGAAAAUAAAAUAAAUUCUCAUUAGCCGAGCAUUACACUGAGAGGCACAUGUUAAAAAGAACCUCCUCAAUAUGGGAUGUUCUCAGUAUGGGAUGCGCCUUAAUAUAUGAUGCCCCUUUAAAUAAUCAAACUUCCUACAUUUCUAACAGAUGGAGACUGUUACUAAAGAAAAUGUGAUGUUCCUAUACUUCUGUUACUAGUUAUGAGCAAAUAAAACCAGUGCUCGUUAACAAAUAAGUCCCAUAUUGUUGAAUGGGUAACAUUUUCUUUUUUUUUUUUACAAAACAAUGAUGAAUAUGUUUUUAGAAUAAAUUAUUUAACAAUUUCAAAA